UCCGCGUCUGGGAACCAGUCCGUCAGUUGCUUUCUGCAAGACGGCGGGCCCCGCGUGCUCGCCUGCUGUGAGCCCCACGUGCGUGUCGGCAUGCCACGCCGUCUUGUGCACUGUCUCGCGGUAGAGCUUGUCACACAGAUGAUGUUUCAGCUUCAUGAACACGCUGUAGAUGGACCGGCAAGGGUCUGAAAACUUAACCUUGAGACCAUUCAGGUCUAACUUUCUAAAUCCGACGAGACUGAUUGCUUGUUUGCACGCCAGGGCACCAAGUUUUUGGAAACAGUGCUAGACUCCCCCUUCCCACCUACCGACCCUUGGUCAACAGUUCAAGUUCAAGAUUUCAGAUUGCUGCCGACAACUGUAAGCAGCUCAGCUGACAAAUUGUUCCACGACACAGACGCCUGUUAGCUUUAACUCGAAGAAUGUGGUGACAUCUAUGGCAUCCAGCAGAAAUUGUGUUUGCUCUUCAGACUGAGCAGACGAUGAGGAUAGACAAAAUGGCGGAGUGCAUAAUAUGGGGGAGAACUGAAGAAGGGAAGACUCUACAUCUGCACGACUACGCUCUGGUCUUCAAAACGAGGGAAGGCCGACCGAUGUAAGCGGAAUAUAAGUACUUCACACUGGACAAGCGAAGAUCGCCAACUUAUCUGAAGUUCCAGUAAACGCGACAAGAUGGACGCAGUGUCGGACAGCACUGGCAGCUGGGGGAUCAACACGAGUUUGCAGGCGUGCGUCCAGAGGUUCGAUGACUACCUCAUUCCAUCGGGAGACCUGUACUGCAACUGGACGUGGGACUACGUUUUAUGUUGGCCGCCAACACGGGCUGGGACUACUGCCAGACAGCGCUGUCCCAGUGACAAGGGUAUCGACCCAACAAAGUUUGCAUAUAAGCGCUGUUCUAUUGACGGGCGAUGGGAGGGCCGGACUUCAGGAGGGGAGUCGCCACCGCAGGGGUGGACAAACUACACCCCGUGCUUCACCCCUGAGAUGCUGCAACUCAUCAAGAAGCUGUACGCGGGGUCGGAGGACGCGGCCAAGGUUAAACUGGACAUCGCAGAGCGGACGAGGGUCCUCGAGAUCGUCGGCUUCAGUGUCUCUCUGACGGCGCUACUCAUCUCUCUCGCCAUUUUCUGCCACUUUCGGAGCCUGAAAAAUAGCAGAACGCGAAUUCAUAAGAACCUGUUCAUUGCGAUGGUGAUACAAGUGGUGAUACGGCUCACACUCUACAUCGAUCAGGCAGUAAUCAGAGGAGCGAGCAGCGAUCAUCAUGCACCAGGAAUCAGAACCUAUCGUCUCCAGGGUAUCGACAACACGCCUAUCCUGUGCGAGGCGUCGUACGUCCUGCUAGAAUACGCGCGCACCGCCAUGUUCAUGUGGAUGUUCAUCGAGGGGCUGUAUCUGCACAACAGGAUAACAGUGACGGUGUUCCAGGAAAACUCGCACUAUUCCGUCUACACGCUGAUUGGCUGGGGAGCACCUGUUGUCAUGACUACUGCUUGGGGAGUCACCACGGCGAUGAAGUAUAGCGCAUCCAAGUGCUGGUGGGGAUACAGCCUGACUCGCUACUUCUGGAUCUUGGAGGGUCCGCGACUUGGUGUCGUUGUGCUGAACUUCCUUUUCUUGCUGAAUAUAAUCCGCGUGCUGGUCGUUAAGCUGCGCCAGAGUCACACCAGCGAGUUAGAGCAAGUAAGAAAAGCCGUGAGGGCGGCGCUGGUGCUGCUACCGCUGUUGGGAAUCACGAACCUGGUCAACAUGACGCAAGCUCCUCUUGACCGGGCCGUAUGGGAAUUCGCCCUCUGGUCCUACUCGACACAUUUCCUAACUUCAUUUCAAGGAUUCUUCAUUGCGUUGCUGUAUUGUUUCCUCAACGGAGAGGUGCGGACGGCUGUCGCCAAGAGCAUAACCGUAUAUCUGUCACUAAGACAAUUCCGGCUCACGCCACGACGCAAUUCCGCCUUCUCUGGUGUGUACAUCAGUCCAGACAACCAAGGGAUACAGAGCACUGGGUGUGGACGUUUCCUGGGACAGUGCCGUCACGGCAGUCAGCACUCCCUACCAGACACGCAAGCCCCAGAAACCCAUGUCUGACGAAAGCUGUCCCCGGUAGCAGAUAACCUGAAGAACAAUCAUGACCACCAGGGAAUACAUGACAGUUGUGACGAAGACAACCGCGCGGCUCCGAGUGGGGCUUUUGUGCUCCAUGCAACACUGUCAAAUGCGACUUCGCAUUAACCCACGGCAGAUCCGGUGGAAACAUCACCGGCCUGACAAUUGUGAUCAGUCUGAACGGUGAAAUCAGCCAAGAGGCUCUAACACUUUUAAAAUCCCACUACAAUGAACACGUGUAUAUAGAUAUAUACAUAUACACACAUAAAAUUAUGGAUUUUGUCCGCGAAACAGAACAUUAUGUCUACAUAGCAGGACACUUAUCAUAGUGGAAGACCCACCACGUUAUAUCAACCGGCAAUGCUUCUGACUUCUGCUCGGAAAGAGAGCAGUUCAAAUGUCGACCGUAAUACGACUCUUCUGACGCUCCUGACUUAGGUUUAUCGCAGUUGUUUUCAGUCUCUCCAGACGAAUGCUGUGAUAACAUUUUAAAUUUGGUCACGACCGCAUUCGUUAUUCACAACACUGUCAUCGUUUGACUCUGUAUGUUCUAAGUUACAGGGUAAAGCUGAAAGGUAAAGCUAUCCCUGUAACAGGCCGUGAAGGUCCAUAGCGUUGUGAGACGUCGAGGCUCCCACAUUUUCUAGACAAUCGGCUCACAUGUGGCGGUGAGACUGGCAUCCUUACGCGCCGGCAGACCUGCGGGAAGUUGUUUACCGACCCGGUGCCUAGCAAUGGGUAUACACGUCACAAAAUAUUUUCUUCGUCUGAAUUAGGAGCAAAAAAGUUGUAGUUUGUUAAAAUUUGUCUCAGAUAGUGAACAAGCCACAGAAAUUUGUACGUAUUUAAAAAUCUUCUGAGAAAAUGAACGAAGUUCAAAGCUUUACAACAUUAUAAAUCUUUCUGACAAGAGAAUAAAACAAAUUCUCGUAAGCUUUACAGAUAUUCUGAUGUGAAGCAAGAAGUUUUAUAUUUUGCUGAGAAACUGACAAAGGGACAAACAUCCUAAUGUUUUAUUCUUCCCGGAGAAGGGAGGCAAAGUACAAAUAUUCAGGAGGGUCUGUAAUUCCUCUCACCAAAAAGUAUAAAUUCCACAGAUUGUCCUUUGAAGAUGAACAAAGCAUAGAAGUCCGCGUGUUUAUGUGACUUUCUUACGUGAGCAAAGUACAAAUAUUCCCAACCUUACAGAAUUUACUUGAGUGAGCAAACAGGGCACGGAGAUGAAUAAACUCCUUUUAAAAUGUGUCUUGAGCUCAAUAAAGCAAAGAAGUACAGGGGUUCUUACAUUUAUCCUGAGCUUGAACGAAGCACAAUCAACGUACUGCAAUUCACCUCAGCAAGCCAAUUAUUUUUAAGACUAUGGUCUCAAAGGGAGUAUAGUUGUACGUUCUCAGACCAGGAUACAUCUGCACAGCAGGUCAUUUGGGAAACAUAAGUAUUCUUGGAAUAGUCUCGUAUUCUCUAGCAAAUGGUCAUUCCAGUUUGCUGCAUUCUCUCUGUUGCCUGAACUCUCUCAGCUCAUCUGGGCUUAAACUUGUCCCAUCGCUUAGCCAGGCCCAUGGAGAAGAUGAUGUGUCACGUGGUAAAUCCCUGUUCACGCCAUGGGCCGAUUAAAUCGAUUCCGCCUACUUGCAGCAAAAAUGUCACAGCCGUAGAGAUCGGCUGGAUAAUGGGGAUAAUGGAAAGAAGUACUGGCAGUUUUUGGAGCAUGGCUUUGUAUGGGGCUGAAACAUGGACACUUAGGGCAGAAACACCUGGAAAGCUUCGAAAUGUGG